AAGAUGCAACGGCAGCCUCGCGCCAUAAAAGGUCAAGGGAAAAAGGGGGAGCAGCCAAAGACCGGGGAAGAGGAGAGGAAGGAGGAGGAGGAAGAAGAAGAAGAGGAAGAAAAAGCAGCAGCUCAGCAGCAGCGCGCGCGUUCCCCCCCCCCCCCCCGGCUCGGUUUCUUUUCGCGCGGAGCCCAGCCGUCCGGGGGCCCGUCUGCAGCUGGGGGUGCCGUCGGAGACUUUGCUUUUGCUGCAAGGAGGAAGCCGCUAAAGCGCGCAGGCGGGGAGGCUGCGGAGAGGGCGGCCGGGAGAGAGAGAGAGAGAGAGAGAGAGCGAGAGCGCGGGAGAGAGAGCAGUUCGAUCCCGGGCACGCCUCCGGUCGGGGCUCCCUGCCGGGCCCGCGUUUGCAGCCAGCCGGCCUUUGUCCUCUGCUCGCGCCCUCCCUCCCGCGUUGGGCUGCAGGCGGGCGAGGCAUGGAGGGGCCCCUGCCAGGCGUGCCAGCCGGGAUGCCCCCUCGGACGGGCCCGAGCAGCAGGGCGGCGCUGGGCUGUUUGCUGCUGGUGCUGCUGCUGGUGCUGCCCGCGCCUCCUGCCGCUGUCGCCCAGGAGCAGCCUUCGUGCCACGGCGCUUUCGACCUGUAUUUCGUCCUGGACAGAUCUGGGAGCGUAGGACACAACUGGACUCAAAUCUUCGACUUUGUUAAGAAGCUGACGGACAGAUUUGUGAGCCCCCAGAUGCGAUUAUCUUUCAUCGUGUUUUCCACCCAAGCGCAGGUCAUCAUGCCAUUAACAGGAGACAGAACGAAAAUUCAAGAAGGUCUCGAAAAGCUAAGUAAAGUGAAGCCAAGCGGUGACACAUACAUGCACGAAGGACUAAAAGAGGCAAACCAGCAGAUUCAAAAUUUACAAGGCCAUAAGUCGAGUAGCAUCAUAAUUGCUCUGACAGAUGGGCUACUGCCUGAUCGGGUCCCACACUAUACAGAAAUACAGGCAGACAAAUCCAGGGAAUUGGGAGCGAGAGUUUACUGUGUCGGAGUCCUUGAUUUUAAUCAGGCCCAGCUUGAAAGAAUUGCAGAUUCAAAAGAGCAAGUCUUCCCCGUGGUUGAAGGGUUCCAGGCCCUCCACAAGAUAAUUAAUUCCAUAUUGAAGCAGUCGUGCACAGAGAUUUUAAAUCUGGAGCCCUCAAGUGUUUGUGUAGGAGAGGAGUUCCAAGUUGUUCUUAGAGGAAAUGGCUUCACCCUGGGCCGAGCGCAAGACAGUGUCAUCUGCACUUACUUUGUGAAUGAAACCAUACGAAAUGAAAAGCCCAUAAAGGUGGAAUCUAAUUAUAUGCUCUGUCCAGCACCUGUUCUAAAUGAAGUUGGCGAAACACUUGAGGUUUCAGUCAGUUUGAAUCGGGGACAGAGUCUCAUCUCCAGCUCUUUAACCAUCACUGCAACAGAAUGUGCAAAUGGCAUCAUUGCUGUCAUAGUCAUUCUUGUGCUGCUCCUCCUUCUGGCUCUGGCUCUCCUGUGGUGGUUCUGGCCCCUGUGCUGCAAAGUGGUCAUUAAAGAUCCUCCUCCACCUCCACCUGCUCCAAAAGAGGAAGAGGAGGAGGAGGAUCCCUUGCCUGCAAAAAAAUGGCCAACGGUGGAUGCUUCAUAUUAUGGUGGACGAGGAGUCGGAGGGAUUAAAAGAAUGGAGGUUCGCUGGGGUGAUAAAGGAUCAACUGAAGAAGGUGCCCGACUGGAGAAGGCCAAAAACGCUGUAGUGACUCUCCCUGAAGAAACGGAUGAGCCAUACGAACCAAGAACACCAAAACCCAAACCUACCUCACCGUCUCCUCAGACCAAGUGGUACACACCCAUUAAGGGUCGACUCGACGCACUGUGGGCUUUGCUGAGACGGCAGUAUGACAGGGUGUCUUUGAUGCGGCCUCAGCAAGGAGAGGAGGGCCGCUGCAUGAACUUCACCCGAGUACAGUCUCAGUAAGGAAAGGCCAAAAGAUGAAAACACAUCGAUGCUAGAUUAUAACCAAAGGAAGACAAUGAAGCACUUCUACCAGAAUCCUCAGAAUACAACCCAGAAGGUUGCUCCUCAUCUGGAUCCAAGUUAAACCACUUAUCCUGCACUAAGCUGUUAAACGUCCGCCAUUUUCUUCUAAGCUUGUUACCUCAUACAGUAGCUGUACAGUAUUAUAUGAUUUGCUGUGGUCACGUGAAGAAGAACGUUGGCUUUUUUGUGCCUUGGCGUCGCUGAACCUCGAGGACGAGCGUCGCAAGGAGAACAAACCGCCGCCGACGUUGCCUUUUGUUCUCAUCAUCCCCUCAGUAUCGUAGACAAACGAUAACGUGCUCGAGUCUUUUCUGUGCCUUUACCAGGAGCUGCAUUGUUUCCCAGAGGUGGAGAUGGCACUUGUUAUUUAAAUAGGAAAGUAUUAGCCACAAGCAGAAGAGAGAAAUUCCCACCAGGCUUGGGAAAAAAAUGUAAAAGUUCAUUGCCUUACAGCGAUGUCAUACCACUAAAUCCUUUUGAGCCGGUCCCCCCCCCCCCACCACCACCACCACAUCGGAUUGUGCCUUACGGGAGCCUUCUGACUGAAAAUCUUGUCACUCUAACACUGAGCAGUGCACAUGCUUGACAAAAUGUAGACAUGGGGCCUCAAGGUAUUAGUGGCAGGCAAGACUUUGCCCUUUCGUUUCCGAAGACACCUUUCUUUCAUUAUGCACCCAGGACAGGAAGAAAAAUUAAUAGAGCGUUAUUCCACAGGAAGACAGCCUGCAAGCGGAGAUCUUGAGCGGAGAUGGAGGGACCGACGCUUCGAGGCCUCGGCGCUGUGGCUGAUACAUUUCCCCCCCUUCUUGCACUCGGCGCUCAGUAGCGCAUAAAAACAUUAUCCUUUACGAACAUAUUAGUAAUUCUAAGCUUUGUGUAUUGUUGUUGUUGCUUUAAUAUUGAGAAAAAGCAGUUGCCACAAAGCUGGUAUCUCAGGGUCCGUCUCCUCCCCCACUCCCAAAUCUCCGAGGGCUCUUUGGCGUCACAAGCCAGCAACUCUCUUUGCAUGAGAAUUUCUAAGUUUAAUUAAUAUAAUUAAAGGCAACAGCAAGCAGCAGCCUGUGAA